AUGUACUCUUUACCUCCUUAUGCAUUCAUAGCACAAGACUUUACUACUCAAGCUGCUUUAUAUACUCAUCACCAAUAUAUUGCAGGGUUCAUCAUGACAGGGGCUUUUGCUCAUGGAGCUAUUUUUUUCAUUACGGAUUACAAUCCGGAACAGAAUGAGGAUAAUGUAUUGGCAAGAAUGUUAGACCAUAAAGAAGCUAUCAUAUCUCAUUUAAGUUGGGCUAGCCUCUUUCUAGGAUUCCAUACCUUGGGCCUUUAUGUUCAUAACGACGUCAUGCUUGCUUUUGGUACUCCAGAAAAGCAAAUCUUGAUCGAACCUAUAUUUGCCCAAUGGAUACAAUCUGCUCAUGGCAAGACGACAUAUGGGUUCGAUAUACUCUUAUCUUCAACGAAUGGCCCCGCUUUCAAUGCGGGUCGAAGCCUAUGGUUGCCCGGAUGGUUGAAUGCUGUUAAUGAGAAUAGUAAUUCGCUUUUCUUAACAAUAGGACCUGGGGAUUUCUUGGUUCAUCAUGCUAUUGCUCUAGGUUUGCAUACAACUACAUUGUUUUUAGUAAAGGGCGCUUUAGAUGCACGCGGUUCCAAAUUAAUGCCGGAUAAAAAGGAUUUUGGAUAUAGUUUUCCUUGUGACGGCCCAGGGCGCGGCGGUACUUGUGAUAUUUCUGCUUGGGACGCAUUUUAUUUGGCAGUUUUCUGGAUGUUAAAUACCAUUGGGUGGGUUACUUUUUAUUGGCAUUGGAAACAUAUCACAUUAUGGCAGGGCAACGUUUCACAAUUUAAUGAAUCCUCCACUUAUUUGAUGGGAUGGUUAAGAGAUUACCUAUGGUUAAACUCUUCACAACUUAUCAAUGGAUAUAAUCCUUUUGGGAUGAAUAGUUUAUCGGUAUGGGCGUGGAUGUUCUUAUUUGGACAUCUUGUUUGGGCUACUGGAUUUAUGUUCUUAAUUUCCUGGCGGGGGUAUUGGCAGGAAUUAAUUGAGACUUUAGCAUGGUCUCAUGAACGCACACCUUUAGCUAAUUUAAUUCGCUGGAGAGAUAAGCCCGUGGCUCUUUCCAUUGUGCAAGCAAGAUUGGUUGGAUUAGCUCACUUUUCCGUGGGUUAUAUAUUCACUUAUGCAGCUUUCUUGAUUGCCUCAACAUCAGGCAAGUUUGGUUAAUUUAGUUUGUUUUUUUGUACUGUAUCAGCACCUAGUUCAUUACUCUUGAUAGAGAGGGAGGAUCUGCCUUUUUAGAUUUCUUUUUCUAUUUAUUUUUCCAUCUAGGAUUAGAACCGUAUACUUGGUAAUAAUAGCAACGACACAUUAUGGCAAAAAAAAGUUUGAAUCAGAGGGAGAAGAAGCGGCAGAAAUUAGAACAGAAAUAUCAUUUGAUUCGUCAAUCUUUAAAAAAAAAGAUAAGAAGCAAAGUUUCUCCCUUGAGUUUGAGUGAAAAAACUAAAAUGCGAGAAAAAUUGCAAUCCCUACCGCGUAAUAGUGCACCUACACGCCUUCAUCGACGUUGUUUUUUGACCGGAAGACCUAGAGCUAACUAUCGACAUUUUGGGCUAUCCGGACA